UAUAUACCGUACUUUACUAUAGCCAUAAAAUUUUAAUGAAUGAGUAUUGAAAGAAACGAAAAGCUGGUGGACUAUUUAGACCGGGGUUAGAAACUACAACCAGACUAGCACAAGCCAACUGACUUCAAAGUGUUCUUUUUAACCCGUUGUUUUGGUUUUGAAGGGUCUCGAAGCCAAAAAUGAGAAAUUUAGCGACUUAAGUUAAGCAAGAAAAUGAAGAAAAUGACAACGAGAAUCACUGAAAUAUUUUUGCAGCUAAUUGUCAUAUCGGACGAGAAGAUGGAUUAAGGACAGUACAGUGUUACAGUGCAUGGUUGUUAUUUUGUACUGGCGGCCUAAAUGUGAAUUAUUUCAUUCGGGUUCAAGUAAAAUGAGUGACAAAGAACGUGGGACAGAGAUGCUACCAGUUCUUUUUGACGAUCGUAUCGUGAUCAACGUGAGCGGAAUGAUUUUCGAAACGCGUGAGGAAACUUUAGCACGGUUUCCAAACUCACUCCUCGGUAGCCUUGGAAAAAGAAACACUUACUAUAUACCGGAGAGCAAUGAAUACUUCUUUAACCGAAAUCGUAUGGCUUUUGAAGCUAUUUUAUAUUUUUAUCAAUCCCAUGGACGACUAAGAAGGCCUUCUGAAGUACCGAUGAGGAUUUUUAAGCAAGAAAUAGAGUUCUUUGAGCUCGGAGAGGACAUUUUACACGAUAUGUUGAUAAACGAGGGUUAUAUCGAGGAAUCAAAGCCAUCAUUACCAACCAAUUCACUACAGCGAAAACUGUGGGAGCUUUUUGAGCAUCCAGAUUCAUCGCUGAUUGCUACGAUUCUCGUUCUUUUUUCUAUUUUUAUGAUAGUUGCUGCGGUUUUAACGUCGAUCAUUGAAUCGUCCGUAAAAAAGGGCUACUUAAUGCAGACGUCUGAAGCCGAGAAUCCUAACGAUGCCUCGAUGGGCGAUAGAACCAUUCGCAUGACAAUGGAUCCUUGGUUUCUACUCGAAGUUAUCUUCAACAGUUGGUUUACGCUCGAGUUUUUAAUUCGCUUGUUUGCUUCGCCGGAUAAAUGCCAGUUUCUUACAGGAUUGUUGAACAUCGUAGAUCUUGUGGCAGUUCUCCCAUUCUACAUUUCAAUUGCUCUCGAUAGCUCUAAGAGUAACUCUGUCACCGUCCUUCGAGUCUUAAGAAUUAUCCGUGUUUUUCGAAUGUUUAAACUAUCUCGAUACUCCCGGAGUCUUCAAGUCAUUGGAUACUGCGUACGAGAGAGUAUUCGAGAGCUUGGUCUACUAGUUCUCUGUCUAUUCUUAAGCGUCGUCGUUACUUCAAGCCUCUUGUACUACGCUGAAGUUGGCCAUAAAGGAACUAGCUUUACAAGCGUGCCAGAGACCUUCUGGUUUUCAAUUCAGACUAUUACUACUAUAGGGUAUGGAGAUAUGGUUCCUAAGACUGCCCUUGGUAAACUUCUCUCGGCAAUUUGUGCCCUUUUUGGAGCGAUUACUCUUGCGCUACCCGUUCUCACGUUUGUUUCAAAUUUCAAUAAACUUUACUAUAAAAAUAUGAAAGAUAAUUUCUCUAUUGAGGAGUCGUCUGAGGCCAGGAAGCCUUCGGGGACAGAUAUUGAUUCUCAAACUUCGGUUAUUGAAAUCUCAGGCAAAUCAUGAAAGUACGAAAUUCCGAUUCUUCAUUGAGAGAAGGAUCGACUCUGGAGCCAGAUAAACACCGUUGGAAAGAAAGAGUUAAGGAGGUGAAGAUAAUUAUCAAACCACUGAUAAUAAAAAAAUCUAUAUGAUAAUUGUGGAUUGGCUUUAAAGCAAGAACACUCGCUCGCGAAGCUUAGAAAAAUAAAGGAAAUUCUUCAAUUUCCUGGUCUCAGAAACAGCGAAAAUCGUCGUAAGACUACGAUAUUAUCAUUAUGCGUUUCAACCGCUCAGCGAUUUUUUUCGUAAAAAGGCUAUCGUUAUAUUUAUUUUUUAUGCAGACAGAAAAAGGGCCUGUUAACUGUUAAAUUAGAUAAAUUUCAUGGUUGAAAAUUAAGUUAAA